UUGUCUCAUCUUGCCCAUAAAUCAGAUUUUGAGGUUUUAAUUACGUCAUAACAGUUAUCAUGUGUUUCAACUAUUUGUUCAAUAUAUAAAAUUGUAUUCAUGCCUUUGUUUUUAGGAAUGUUAAACUACGUCAUCAUUAAGUUCAAGAUUUUAGACAGUUUUAUGUCGCAGUAUGGUUUAAAAAAUUCUACUUCAAACUGUGAUGAUUAUUUUAUCAGCUGGGCGUAUUAUCCUAGAAUUGUUCAAAGAUGUUGCACCUAAAACUUGUGAAAACUUCAGAGCUCUCUGUACAGGGGAAAAUGGUGUUGGAAAAAAAGGAAAACCUCUUCACUAUAAAGGUUGCAGAUUUCAUAGAGUAAUUCGUCAGUUCAUGGUUCAAGGUGGAGACAUCACAAACAAUGAUGGAACUGGAGGAGAAAGUAUAUAUGGAGAGAGUUUUGAAGAUGAAAACUUCAACUUAAAGCAUGAUAAAGCAGGGCUUCUUGGAAUGGCUAAUGCUGGUCCAAAUACCAACAGUUCUCAGUUUUAUAUCACAACAGUUCCUACUUCUCAUCUAGACAACAAACAUGUUGUUUUUGGUAGAGUAAAGAAAGGUUUGGGUACUGUCCACCUGCUGGAAAGUGCACAUACAGGACCAAAUGACAGACCAGUAGAGGAUUGUUUUAUAUACAACUGUGGAGAAAUACAACCUGGUGAAGAUUUUGGUCUUGGUGAAAAAGAUGGAACAGAAGAUGUAUUUCCAAUGUUUCCUGAAGAUGCAGAAAUACACUUUACACAGAUAGAAAAGGUUCUUCAAGUUUCAGAAAUGAUCAAAAGAUCUGGGAACUUGUAUUUUAGGAAGCAGGACUAUGUUAUGGCACAUGCCAAGUACAAGAAAGCAUUAAGGUAUCUUAAUAAACUACAAGAAGUCAAUGAACUUCAAAAAGAUGAAGAGAGAAAAGUGAUUGUUUUUGUAUUACCUUGUAUUCUGAAUAGGCUCUUGAUCUGGAUUCUACAAAUCCAAAAGCUUUAUUCAGAAGAGGUCAAGCUUUUCAUGGGAGAAGAGAUUAUGACAGAAGUUUGAGAGAUCUCCAUCAAGCUUUGAAGUUUGCUCCACAUGAUAAAGCGGUUAUGGCAGAAAUAGUGGCUGUGAAGGGAGAAAUGCAAGCAUACAAAGCCAAGGAAAAAAAAGCCUAUGCUAAACUGUUCCAUUGACACUGAGUUCUAGUACCUUAAAAUUUUUGGCACCUGGAACAGAAAGGUAAAUAGGUGUACCAUGGAUAAACUGGUAUUUUAUUAUAGUAAUUGUAGACCAGAAUUAAGAACGUGUCAUUAGUUGUCCCAAGAGUAUACUGAUGUGCAAUGAUAAUACUGAGCCAGGGAAACAAAAUUCUUUGGUGACAUGCUUCUAAAUGUAAUUAUGCUAGUUCUGUGAGAAAGACAAAUUGGAAAGAAAAGUAUAUUGAUUUGUUCAAGGAGGAAAUAAUUAUUAUGAAGUAUUACAAAAUCAAGAAAAGUUUUAAGAUAAUUCAGCUGAUCCAGUACUGGUUAAAAGGCUAUUGACCUCGACCAAGAAGAAAGAAAAAAACAUUAUGGUACUGAACUUAUACCACAGAUGAACAAAUCACCUAACCCUUAAAGGAAGAGCGAGAUUUUGUUAGGCUGCUUUUAUAAACUUAUCCUUGCAGAUAUAGUUCUAGAGGCCUACAAACAACUGUAGUUAUUCAGAAAGAAUACUAACCGGUGAUAAACUUAUUUGUAAUUAUUUGAAAAUGUAAUACUUACACUUUUUGUUUGCAUGACAAUUCCAUCCUUAUUCAGUGAUUAAAUUGGGACAGAAUGGUCUGGAACAGUGCUCUGCCUCUCGAGGAAUCUUGGCCAUCAGUGUUCGUGGUCUUCUGAUUGGAAUGUGAAAGUGGAUCACAAAAGGGAGUUCCACCAUUUUCAAAAUCCUAAUUUAACCACUGCUCUUAUUAACAGUUGGAAGCUCUACAAUGGAAUGAAAGUCUGAAAACUGAUCAAUAUGUGUCAAUUUAAUCUCCUUAAUGUUUGGUAAGAAAGCUUUGUAUCCAUCACUCUUUUACUUCAAAAUCAUAAUAGAAACACAGACUGAUUAUUAGAAAGGAAUGCACUGUUUAUUGCAAAUAGACAAGUGGGCAGCUUAGUUACCUAUUCCUCUCAAGAGGUAGUAACUUGUAACAGCAAUAAAUUGUCACUGAUAUUUUUGCUCUAUUGUAUAUUAUAGCAUGUAGAUAGAACAUUUGAUCCUUGAUGAUUUUUCGACGUUAUGGCUUAAUGAAAGUUUUACUGAUAUUUUCCCCAAUCCUUUUAUACUUUAAUACACACAAUUGUUAGUUGAAGGUAAGUGCUAAUAUAGCCAUUUUAAAAGAAUAUUGUAUGUGAAGUGAACAGAGUGAUUAAUAUAUUUUGUGUAUCUAACAUAAUUUUCUCUCUGUUUCAAAAAAACAAAGGGAAUAGUACAGUAAGUUCUUUCAUUAAAUCUUAUUGUCAUACCUUUUCUUCUGAUAAAGACAUUCCAAAUUAAAAAUAUGUUUAACACAUUAAAAA